UGACGCGGCCCCGGAAGGCGCCGCCGUCACUUCCCCGGCCGCCAUCUUGUCGGGGCUGAGGCAGUGCCCGCCGGCCCCGCUCUGUGUGCGCGGCCCGCCCGCCCCAGCCCGCCCCGCCAUGGCCAACAACAGCCCCGCGGUCGCCAACUGCCAGGGGCAGCAGGCGGCCCAGCACCCGCCCGGCGCCGUCCCGCCCGCGCAGCAGCCGCUGCAGGGCGGGGGCCCCAAGCCGGCGGCCUCGGGCAAGCCGGGCAACGUGCUGCCGCUGUGGGGCAACGAGAAGACCAUGAACCUGAACCCCAUGAUCCUCACCAACAUCCUCUCGUCGCCCUACUUCAAGGUGCAGCUCUACGAGCUCAAGACCUACCACGAAGUGGUGGACGAGAUCUAUUUCAAGGUUACACAUGUUGAACCAUGGGAGAAGGGCAGCAGGAAAACCGCAGGCCAGACAGGGAUGUGUGGAGGGGUGCGUGGUGUUGGAACUGGAGGAAUUGUGUCCACUGCCUUUUGUCUGCUCUACAAAUUAUUUACCCUGAAACUCACUCGUAAGCAAGUGAUGGGCCUUAUAACUCAUACAGACUCUCCAUAUAUUAGGGCUCUUGGAUUUAUGUAUAUUAGGUACACACAACCACCUACAGAUCUAUGGGACUGGUUUGAAUCCUUUCUUGAUGACGAAGAGGACCUGGAUGUGAAGGCAGGUGGGGGUUGCGUUAUGACCAUUGGGGAGAUGCUUCGUUCCUUCCUCACAAAGCUUGAAUGGUUUUCCACCUUGUUUCCAAGAAUUCCUGUGCCAGUCCAGAAAGCUAUUGACCAGCAAAUUAAAAGCAGACCUAGAAAAAUCAAGAAAGAGGGGAAGGAGGGAAUGGAAGAAAUCGAACGGCAUGCAGAACGUAGACGUUCAAGGUCUCCAAGACCAAGAUCGAUCAGUCCCAGGAGGUCUCCCAGAAGAUCCAGAAGCAGAAGUCACCAUCGGGAAGGCCAUGGAUCAUCUAGUUUUGACAGAGAACUAGAAAGAGAAAGAGAACGGCAGAGAUUAGAACGUGAGGCAAAGGAGAGAGAAAAAGAAAGGCGGAGAUCUCGAAGUACUGAUCGCACACUGGAACGGAGGCGAAGCAGGAGCAGGGACAGAUACAGAAGCCGUAGUCGAAGUCGUGACAGGAAAGGAGAUAGAAGAGACAGGGAUAGGGAGCGAGAAAAAGAAAAUGAACGGAGUCGAAAAAAAGAGAGAGAUUAUGAUAAGGAAAGAGGUAGUGAGAGGGAAAAAGAUCGAUCUAGAGAAAGGUCAAAAGAAAGAAAAAGUAAGGGUGAUACAGAAGAGAGAAGACACAAGGAUGACAAGGAUGAGAAGAAACACCGGGAUGACAAGAGGGAUUCCAAAAAAGAGAGAAAACAUAGUAGAAGUCGAAGCCGGGAAAGAAAACAUAGGAGUAGGAGCCGCAGUAGGAACACAGGUAAGCGCAGCAGAAGCAGGAGCAAAGAAAAAUCAAGUAAACAUAAAAAUGAAAAUAAGGAGAAGUCGAAUAAACGAAGUAGAAGCAGAAGCAGAGGAAGAACAGAUAGUGUUGAGAAGUCCAGAAAACGAGAUCGGAGUCCCAGCAAAGAAAAAUCUAGGAAGCGUAGCAGAAGCAAAGAACGUUCCCACAAACACGAUCACAGUGAUAGCAAGGACCAUUCUGACAAACAUGAUCGUCGAAGGAGCCAAAGUACAGAACGAGAGAGCCAGGAAAAGCAAGAGAAAAUCAAAGAUGAGACUCUGUGAAUUCUUUCAGAAGUGGAUCACAUUGAAUCCUAUAAAUGUUUGAUUAAAUCCUGCUUAUUUUUUCUUAAAGUUGAGAUUGUGCAGUAGUUGAUGAGCACUCUUCUCCAACCUCCCUCUAGGCUGCAGAUUGUCAUUUCCUAUUUUGGGUAGGGAAGUGCCUUUGUAAACCCAUUCAAUGCAUUGACGGUUUCAAACCAUUUGUUUAGUUUAAUUUGUAAUGCAGAGAUUGUUUUUGCAUUUUUAUUGUUCAGAUGUUUCUGAAAUGUACAGUCUGUACAUAUGUCCUGAAAAUGUUUUAAUUCCUUCGGCAUGGUUGCCAUGUUGGUUAAAUUUGUAUGAGGCAAUAAACUGCCACUAAUUAUA